UAUUAAAGUACAGCUUCUUUUGAGUGGGUAUUUUUUUUUGUUGGAAAACCUUAAGCGAAAAAGAAAUUUCUUCUGACCUACGAUGAGCAUAACGGAUGAAGAGUUUCGCGCUAAGUUAGAAAAACAUUUCACAUUCUACCGCAUCAACUUGCGAUCGCCAUUACUAUCAAACAUAACAUAUGAUCAGUGGUACCGAGUAGACAUUCUGCUUGUCAAUGAGCUUGGUUUGUUUCGUCGAAAAGAUAUUGAGCCGAACGGACAAGUAGAGAUCGAUUGUCAUUUGUAUUGUAGAUCUGACACUGGCACCAUGUCUCUCUGUAAAGACAGUAAGGUGGCAGUGAGACCGACACGGCCGUUUGUACAAGGACAGUUGGACGCACAUAAGGCCUCGGUAGCAGGCUUCGAACGGUCGGGUAAAGGAGCCUUUGAGUAUUGUAUCAGCUCCUCUCCCGGGUUAGCAUGCACUCCAGGCACCCACCAACAGCUUUACUUGUAUAUCUAUGUUAAACAAAGUGUUCAUUUUACAACUUCAAACAAUAUCCUACCUCUCAUGAUCGGACCUAUCCAUUUGAGCAGUCGUAAUGGCACUGGGGCCAAUAGCACUACCAUUUCAUCAGAGACAUUGAACCCUCCUUAUGAUACAACACUACCAUUAGAACUGUUGCCAAACGUACCACAAGAUCAUAUGGUCUAUGAUGGAUACCGAUUAUUCUCGCCUACUCCAGAGAACCAUGUUGUUAUUCAUGAAAUGUGGGACACGGGUAUUCCUGGAAAGAUAUGGGAUUCUGCUUUGGUGAUGUUGGAUUUCAUAAAACUGAUGAUUGAACAUCAUCCGGACUACAUACAAGACAAGCAUGUGGUUGACCUUAGCGCUGGAACAGGUUUAUUGGGCCUAUAUACCGCAUUCUCUGAUGCGAAACCUCAUAAAGUAACUAUUACAGAACUUGAAGAAGCGAUAGAUUUGAUCAACAAAAAUACUGUAGCCAAUUAUCCUCCCGAAAGCCAACCACCGACGGUGGUGGAAGUCAAAACUCUAUUAUGGGGCAAUGAAAAGGAAGCAGCUGCUUGUGGAAAAGCUGAUCUUAUUCUCGCUUCGGAUGUCCUUUAUGAAGCUCAAUUCUUCAAGGAUUUGGUGGAAGCAUUAGCCGACCUAAGCCAUGACAAGACACGUAUUUAUAUUGGCUAUAAACGUCGUGGAUUGACUGUGCAGGAAGAAGAGGAAUUCUGGGGUUUAUGUAACGAUCAUGGCUUUACUGUAGAUUUAUUGAAAUUAAAGAGUGGUGAUGGCUCUGACAACGAGGUAGACGAUGUGCUUGUUCCAACCAUCACUCGUGAAACCGGCGUGCAAAUUUACCGAUUGUCAAGACAACAGAAAUAGCCAUCGGAUCAUUCCAAAAGAUAGACGUACUUCUCCUUUAUAGAUGGCAUUGAUUCAUGAUAGAGAUUAAAAAAAGUUGAUCAGAGAUCACCCACUUUAUAAUCUGCUUGAAAUAAAUAUAUCUCUUUAUUUUUAUUU